AUGAAACAAAUUACGCGUGGGCGACGAUUUCCAGACGAUGAAGCACUUAUGAAAGCUGAAAUUGGGCAUCUGGCCAGACUCAAGGUGGAUAACUUGCUGAACGCGCUCCGCCCGAUGUUUGUGUUGGCACUGCCCGUGGAGCGGCGAGCG